AUGGCGGACCACCAGUCCCUGGCGGUCAAGUCCCUCAACACCUCCUCCGGCCGCCGCCGCUUUGUCUUUAAGACCUUCUCCCAACGAGUGGAGGAUAUCAACAUCAACGUAUUCCGUAGCCUCGACCCUUUGAAAUCGAAGCCUUCGGAUGGGUCCUCUUUCUUCCUGGACGCCCUCUUUUAUUGGAGAGAACUGAAUACUGCGGAAGACUUCAUCUCGUUUUACCAUGAAAUAAUGCCGUCUGUCCAGACCCUGCCUCAGAUUUUGCUGCACAAGGAGAAGAUCUUCUCGGAGCUUUUGAGCCGAUUGCAUAUGAAGGCCAAAUUGUCACUCGAGCCUAUUCUAAUGGAUAUACUAGAGGAGUUUAUACCCUUUAUGCAAAGGCUUGUUGAUACUCUGGCUGAUCUGCUAAAAAAUGGUGGUGACCGUGAUCCUGAAAUCAUUGAGCAUGUUUUUGCAUCUUGGUCAUGUAUCAUAAUGCAUCUUCAAAAAUAUCUUGUGAAGGAUGUCGUUUAUGUUCUCAAGAUCACAGGCAGAAUAAGGUUUUUUCCAAGGGAUUAUAUCCAAGAGUUCAUGGCUGAGGCGGUUUCCUUUUUGCUUAGGAAUUGCUCAAUUGACCAACUUACUAAAGGUAUAAGAAAGAUUAUGCGUGAGGUGGCGAAAAAUCGAUUGUCAGAUAGGAAGAUUGGGGCUAUUGCCUUGGUUUGGAAUGUGAUGAGAGGAACAUAUUUGAAGAUUCACUCAAGGGCAGAGAUAGUUUUGCAGUUGCUAAUGGAUAGAUCAAAUUUAAUGGUUUGUGAUAAAUUUUCUCAAGAUAAAGAAAGGAUGCUUGAAAUUGUCAGGCUACUUAUUCAGGCAUACAUUAUGCCUUGUGAAAGAUUGGAGUAUGAGGAUCGCACAUUAGUUGUUAAUGAAAUAUUGCAUCUCAUGCUUUGCCUUCUGGAUGUUCUUCCUACAUCUGUUGAUCUUUCAAGCUUUGUAGUGCUCUAUGCUCCAGCAUUUGAGUUGAGAGACUCUAGCUUGCUAACAUUUAUCAAGGGACUUGUUCAAAAGGAUCCUUCAAUUGUGUAUAGUUUCAGAACUCAUAUCAUUAGAUCUCUGGAUAAUUUGAUUGAAGCAUCACCAGAUGAAGUUGUAUUUUUAAUCCUGACCUUGUUUGGACAAGGCAAAGAACAAUUGAAUUUUAGUAUCAUGGAUAAUGUUUCAAAAGAUCAGGUCCUGAAGAUACACCAAUUCUUUGAGGAGGCACUUUGUUCUUGGACCAAGUUAAUCAAAGAUAUAGCAGGAAAUGAUAGUCAAACAAAAAUUGAAGUUAAUGAGCCUACACUGACCACGCUGUGGGGAUCUCUUUGCUGUUGUCCUCAUUUUCAGCUUCAAGAAAAUAAUUUAUUGGCAAUGCAUGAUUUUAUAAUCAAUCUCAACCAACUGCUGGAAACUAAUUCUGAUAGCAUUGCCGGUCUCUCGAAGUUCACAUGGCAGAGUCUUCUUGGUGCUUCUUUGGAAUCCUACUAUAAGGUGCUACUACUUGAUAGGAACAAACUAGUGGAGACCUGUGACAUUUUGGAUUUUGCGAAGAGGCACAAGAACUCACCACAUGUACUGUCUGCUGUAGCUGAAAUUUUGGAUUCUGUGUUUGGUUAUUUGAGGGAUGAUGGUAGGACUGAGGGUGUAUCUCAAGAACUAGACAUUCCAAAAGCUCUGGACUCAAUCAGCACAUUUUCAGAUAACCUCAGCAAUUCCAACAAGUCAAUCCGUUUAUCAACCUUAAGGAUCUUGUCUCAUCAUGCAGUUCUACAUGAAAUGCAAUCUAUGCCAGAUGAACCUCCUGUUAAAAAACUGAGAACAGAAGCAGCUGAAUCGUGCAAUAAAGAUGCUCAGUAUAGAGUUAUUGAUAUUCUCCUUUCAGUUGAGAAAGUUCCUCUUUCAGUCUCUACUAGUCGGAAAGCCAUCAUUCUUAUCUCCAGAUUGCAGAUGGGUAUUUCCUCGGCAAAGAUCCAUAAGGACUACCUUCCACUCUUAUUACAUGGAAUAAUUGGAAUCUUGCAUAAUAGAUUUUGCAAUUUAUGGGAUCCGGCAGUGGACUGUCUGUCAGUUCUAAUUGGUAAAUAUAAGGAGCUCAUAUGGGACAGAUUUGUUCAGUUCUUUGGGAACUAUCAGUCAAAAUUUUUAUCCUCAUGUGACCAGUUAGUGAAAUUGCAUCCUGAAUAUCCCAAACAAAAUGCUUUGAGCGACUACUUUAAGCGGUUUCUGGCCCCUGAUUCUGAUAACACACCAUGUGCAACCGUGAUGACUUUGUUGCUUAAAUCACUUCAGAAGGUCCCUGAGCUCGCAGAAUCUCGCUCUCGACAACUGAUUCCUUUGUUCCUGAAAUACUUGGGCUAUAGGGAAGGUGUUGAUGUGAGUGUUGAUUUGUUUGACUGUCAUAAUUCCAAGGAGAAAGAGUGGAGCAUAGUUCUGAAAGAAUGGUUGAGCCUGCUGAGGUUGUUUCGUAAUGCUCAAUCAUUGUAUCAAAGCCAAAUUCUUAAGAAAGUUUUGAUUAACAGGCUUCUUGAUGAAAUUGAUCCAGACAUUCAAUUGAAAGUUCUGGACUGCUUAUUGAACUGGAGGGAUGAAUAUUUUAUCCCAUAUGAUCAGCAUCUCAGGAAUCUGGUAGCAUCAAAAAAUUUACGUGAAGAGCUCACAGUAUGGGCUGUAUCAAAGGAAUCUCAAUCUAUUCAAGAGGGACAUAGAGACUAUUUGAUUCCUAUUAUUAUCCGAUUGCUGACACCAAAAGUCAGAAAGCCAAAGACGGACAUUGCAAAUAAGCAUGCAGGUGUCCAUCAUCGAAGGGCAGUUCUUUGUUUCUUGGCGCAACUUGAUGUUGAUGAACUUCAGCUAUUCUUUUCUCUACUGCUAAAACCUUUAUUUGCCCUCGGUCAUGGAACUGAUAGCUCAUGUGAGAAAUUUAAAGAUGGCUUACAAGUGUUUGAUCUUGUAGAAUUUUCAAGGACAAUAGGUGAUCUGUCAUGGAAGAAGAUUUAUGGAUUCUUGCAUGUAGUCAAAGAUAUUUUGAAAGCUUUUGAUGAGAUUCACAUCAGGCCAUUUCUUAAACUGUUGAUGGAAAUUGUUGUACGAAUCCUUGAAUCCUGCAUGUUAAAUAUCGCUGGUGCUAAUCAUUUCAAUCCUCUUUUGGUUGGACAUAUUUCUAGUUGUGACUUGAAGUCCCAGGAGAAAGAAUCUAUUGCUCACAACUCUGUCAGGAGUAGCAUAUCAAUUAAACAGUACAAAGAUGCAAGAUCAGUAUGCUUGAAGAUUAUCUCUGUUGUGCUUAAUAAGUAUGAUUCUCAUGAUUUUGGUUCUGACUUCUGGGAUAUCUUUUUUAGAUCUGUGAAGCCCUUAAUAGACAGCUUCAAGCAAGAAGGUUCAAGCAGUGAAAAGCCUAGUUCACUUUUUUCAUGCUUUGUUGCAAUGAGCAGAAGCCCCACAAUGUUCCUGUUAUUACAUAGAGAGGAAAGUCUUGUCCCUAAUAUUUUCUCAAUUCUAACCGUGAGGACCGCCUCUGAUGCAAUUAUAUCUGCGGUUCUUAAUUUUGCCUGGAAUUUGUUGAAUCUGGUUGAUGAUCUUAGUCAACAAGUGGAUGAUUCUCUCAAAGCGAUUCUUCUGCUUCACAUCGACACACUCGUCAGUAAUCUAUCGAUGUUAGUCCAGACCCACAAAGAAGUCAUUGGGAAACAAGCGAUAUGGCCUGGAGAGUCUCAACUAAGUGUAUUCAAAUUGUCAGUAAAACACAUAAGAGACCCAUUGACAGCUGGGCAGUUGAUUGAUAUUCUUCUGCAGUUUUUCAGACAGAAAGCAAAAAUUCAUGAUGACUAUUUGGAAGGUUUGCAUGUGAUCAAAGAUAUCCUUCCUGUUUUAGAUGACAAAAAAAUGGGAAAUGUUUUAAAUGCAAUCCGUCCACUUCUUACGCAUGUGGAUUUGGAUCUCCGUUUGCUUAUAUGUGAUAUUCUUGAUGGUCUAAUGAUGAAUGACCCAUCUUUGACUUUCCUGGCAAAACUUUUACGUCGACUGAAUGCUGUAUCAGCAUCAUCCUUAGAAAUUGGUGAGCCUGAUUAUGACACUAGAGUCGAGGCUUAUGGAUCAAUAAAGCCAGAGUUAUUUUCCGUGCUCAAAGAUGAUCAUGCAUUGAUAAUUCUGUCUCAAUGUGUAUAUGAUAUGUCAUCUGAAGAACUGGUCUUCCGGCAAAGUGCAUCAAGGGCCUUAUUAUCGUUUGUACAGUUUGCUGGGCCAAUUGUAAAUUCAGAGAAAAAGUAUUGUGAUGAAAUAAUCUCCAAAUUUGAGCCACAAGGCGACAAAGUAAAUACUACUCAAAGAUCAAGUGAUACUAGUGUUACUUGGACGAAAGUCUCCAUUCAGAAGAUCAUAAAGAACAUUUUUCUGUCCAAUAUGGGAGAAGCCAUGAAGAAGGAUAUCUCUGUGCAAAAAGAAUGGGUCAUUCUUCUUCGUGACAUGGUUUAUAAUUUUAAUGGAGAGCCAGCCCUCAAUUCAUUGAGGCCUUUGUACUGUGAGGAUGUAGAAACAGAUUUUUUCAAUAACAUUCUUCAUUUACAGAUACACAGGAGGAUAAAGGCAUUAGCACAUUUCAGGAAUGUUAUCAGUGUGGGAAACAUAUCUGAGAAUGUGACUGUGAAAAUAUUUGUUCCUCUGGUUCUUAAUAUGCUAUUUUAUGUGAAAGAUGGUAAAGGAGAACACCUAAGAAAUGCAUGUGUUGAGACACUUGCUUCUAUAUCAAGUCGUAUGCAGUGGGAUUCAUACCGCACUCUUUUGAUGAGAUGCUUUCGGGAAAUAAAAUUUAAGCCAGAUAAACAAAAAAUCUUGUUACGUUUAAUGUCUGCUAUUCUUGACAUGUUCCAUUUUUCUGAACCAAAUUCUGGUCAUGAAGUCGUUGAUGGUGAUUCUGCAGCUUCAAUUUCUUGUUCCAUCAGCGGGAAUUCCAAGAUUGCUUCCACCACUAGUUAUUCUGGGUUGAGAAUUCCUUGUCAUAUACAGAAUUAUCUGCAUGAGACUGUCCUCCCAAAGAUACAGAAGUUAUUGACAUCAGAUUCUGAGAAAGUCAAUGUUAAUAUUAGUCUUGCUGUCCUCAAACUGCUGAAGUUGCUACCAGUUGAUACCAUGGACUCACAGUUGCCUAGUGUCAUUCAUCGCAUUAGUAACUUUCUGAAAAAUCGCCUGGAAAGCAUUCGUGAUGAAGCAAGGCAUGCUUUAACUGCAUGUUUGAAGGAGUUGGGUAUGGAAUACUUGCAGUUUAUAGUCAAAGUUCUUCAAGCAACAUUAAAAAGAGGCUAUGAAUUGCAUGUUUUGGGCUAUACCCUUAAUUUCAUAUUAUCUAACACACUAACUGUUCCUGUUGCUGGUACACUUGAUUAUUGUUUGGAAGAGCUUCUUUGUAUAGUGGAAAAUGAUGUUCUAGGAGAUGUUGCUGAGGAGAAGGAAGUUGAUAAAAUUGCUUCAAAAAUGAAGGAAACUAGAAAAAGCAGGUCAUUUGAUACGCUGAAAUUGAUUGGCCAAAGGAUUACAUUUAGAACCCAUGCUUUGAAACUUCUUCUCCCACUAUCCAAAUAUUUAGAGAAACAUAUCAAGCCAAAAACAAAAGCUAAACUUGAAAUGAUGCUACAGCAUGUAGCCUCAGGAAUUGAAUGCAAUCCUUCUGUACAGCUGGAGGAACUAUUCAUAUUUGUGUAUGGUCUUAUUGAAGACAAUAUUCAUGAAGAUGAUUCAAAGGUUGACAAAGCAUCUGUGGUGAAAUCCUUUAACCAUGGAUUAGCAAAGUCUCAUCUUUUCAUUGUGUUUGCUCUUGGAUUACUGCACAAUCGUUUGAACAAUAUGAAAUUGGACAAGAAAGACGAACACCUACUGACGCUUUUAGAUCCUUUUGUCAAACUUCUUGGAGAGUGCCUGAAUUCCAAAUAUGAAGAUGUUCUUUCAGCUUCAUUUAGAUGCCUUGCUCCAUUGGUAAGGCUUCCUUUGCCAUCACUUGAAGCUGAGGCUACUAAAAUCAAGAUUUUACUUUUAGAUAUUGCACAGACAUCAGGAAAUCCGGGGAGUACUUUGGUGCAAUCUUGUCUAAAGUUGCUUACUGUGCUGUUACACAGUGGCAGGAUCUCACUUUCUGAUGAUCAACUUCACUCGCUUGUUCAGUUUCCACUCUUUGUGGAUCUUCAAACCAAUCCUUCUCCUGUUGCACUAUCACUUUUGAAGUCCAUUAUUGGCAGAAAGCUAGUUGUCCAUGAAAUCUAUGAUCUUGUUAUGAGAGUUGGAGAAUUGAUGGUAACAAAUCAGUCUGAAUCAAUUCGCAAAAAAUGCAGCCAAAUUUUAUUGCAAUUUUUGUUGGACUAUCAUCUUUCUGACAAGCGGUUGCAGCAGCAUAUGGAUUUCCUACUUACAAAUCUAAGCUAUGAACAUUGUUCUGGAAGAGAAGCCGUGCUUGAGAUGCUCCACACUGUCCUUGUCAAGUUUCCAAGAAGUGUUUUGGAUGCUCAGGCUCAUGCAUUUUUUCUCCAUCUGGUGGUUGCUUUAGCUAAUGAGCAUGAUGAUAAAAUCCGAUCUAUGAUUGCCACAGUAAUAAAGGAAUUGCUUAGUCGAACUAGCAGGCAUGCCCUCGAUCCCAUUUUGGCAUAUAGCCUUUCAUGGUAUACAAGUGAAAAGCAACAUUUGUGGAGUGCAGCAGCCCAGGUUCUUGGUCUAUUGGUUGAUGUACUGAAGAAAGGAUUUCAGAAGCAUAUAAAUAUAAUUUUGGAUGUGACUAGGAAUAUAUUGGAACAUUCUGUUGAUGCAAGCGGUGAAACAUAUGAUGCUUCAAAUAAUCUGAUAAUGCCAUUUUGGAAAGAAGCCUACCACUCCCUCAUUAUGUUGGAGAAGAUGCUUCUCAAUAUUCCGAGGCUCGCUUUUGAGAAGGACCUUGAGGAUAUUUGGGAAAUGAUCUGUAAAUUAUUGCUGCAUCCCCAUGUAUCAUUGCGGAAUAUAUCCAGUCGACUGGUGGCCUUGUAUUUCUCUGUUAUAUCUGAAGGUGGUAUUGGGGAUAAUGAUAGGUUGAAGUUUGAAACCUUGUCUCUGCUCAACCCAGGAAAUCUCUUUGCGAUAACUGUUUCCUUCUUGAAUCAACUGAGGAUGCCUCUAACUGAUGAUUCAACAAGCCAUAUAGUCACUCAAAAUCUAGUAUUUUCAGUGUGUGGGCUGCAUGCUUUCACCAGAAAGAGCAAUAAUGUCUUCCUGCAUGAAUUGUGGUCUACUCUUGACCCUCAUGAACAAGACUCCUAUCUCAGGGCUUUUGAAUCUCUUGGUUCGAAAAAAGCAAGGAGUGUUUUUCUACAAGCGACCAGUUCAAAGGUUUCAGCAAAAUUGAAUCAAUCUGAACAGGAGAGCAAGGGUGACCUUCAGGCCUUGCUUGUUCUGCCUCUUCUCAAGAGAAUGGGAAAGAUUGCCUUGGAAACGGACAAUGCUCAGAUGACUGUCAUCUUCAAUUCCUUUAAGACGAUUGCUUCACAAAUUGGUUCAGAGGGUUGCCAGGAAUAUGCUGUCUACUUAUUGCUACCACUGUAUAAAGUUUGUGAAGGGUUUGCUGGGAAGGUUAUUGGUGAUGAAGUUAAACAAUUAGCGGAAGAGGUCCGAAACAGCAUUCGCAAUGAAUUGGGCGUCGACAACUUUGUUAGGACUUAUAAUGAGAUUCGGAAAAUGCUGAGCAUGAAGAGAGACAAGAGGAGGCAGAAAUGGAGAGUUGCUGCUGUUGCUGACCCUGUACGCUAUGCCAAGAGGAAACUUAGAAUAGCUGAUAAGCACAGAGCUCACAAGAAGAGGAAGAUUGAAUUGAUGAAGUUCGGUAGAUGGAGGAGGUAGUUACAGUUAUACGAAAAGUUACUGAAGCUUUUUGAUAGAGAUAAGAGUGUACAGUAAUUCCGGUGUUGUUUUUGUUGUUGUUAUUUUUAUUAUUAUUUAUUAAAAAAAAUUCAAGUAGAUUUGUAUCCAUGAGCAGGAUUCAUGUAGAGGUAGCAAAUUUUGCGCU